CAAAUUUGCAAAUGCAUUCUUACCACAAUCUUCCAUACUUUUAAAAGAAGCAAAAAUAUAAACAUCUCUCGAAAUCUUUUCCUGCUUUUGAAUAGCUUAUAGAACAGAGAUGUUUGUGAUUUGGGUUACUGGUUUAACCCUUCUAGUUCUGAUCAGCCAUGGAAUUGAAGCUUCAAAUCAUAGACAAAGAAGUCUUGAAUCCAAUCCUGAUGAGCAGCCCUAUAGGACUGGCUAUCAUUUUCAACCCUCCAAGAACUGGAUGAACGAUCCAAAUGGACCAAUGUACCACAAUGGAGUAUACCAUCUCUUCUAUCAACACAAUCCGUACGGUCCAUUAUGGGGAAACAUAGCAUGGGGACAUUCAAUAUCACCCAAUCUCAUCGAUUGGAUUCACCUCGACUUAGCCCUGACUCCCACUGAUCCAAACUCCGACAUCAAUGGCUGCUGGAGCGGUUCAACCACCGUCCUUCCGGGCAACAAACCAGCCAUACUAUACACCGGAAUCGACUCUCAAAACCGCCAAGUCCAGAACUUGGCCACACCCAAAAACCUCUCGGACCCUUUUCUCAGGGAAUGGACCAAGUCUCCCCUCAACCCUCUGAUGACUCCAAUCAAUGGCCUCAACCCAGACCGGUUUCGAGACCCCUCAACCGCUUGGCGGGGCCCCGACAACAUGUGGCGGGUCGUAGUCGGAGCCGGGAUUGAUGGACAUGCGUUAGCCGUUAUGUACAAGAGUAGUGACUUUGUGAACUGGACAAGGUCCGUGGCACCACUUCACUCGUCUCAGAAGACUGCAAUGUGGGAAUGUCCUGAUUUUUUUCCUGUGGGAAUCAACGGCUCAGAUGGGGACAAUUCUUACUUGAAUGGAGAUCAGUAUGAGAAGAAGCAUGCUCUGAAAGUCAGCUUCGAUAGUCGUGACUACUAUGUGCUUGGACAGUAUUCUCCUGAAACUGAGGAGUUUAAGGUUGAGACUGAUUUUAUGGAUGAAGGUUCUGAUCUGAGAUUAGAUUAUGGAAAGUUUUAUGCUUCGAAAUCGUUUUAUGAUUCUGAGAAGAAGAGGAGAGUUGUGUGGGGUUGGGUGAAUGAGUCUGAGAGUGAUGCUGAUGCCACCAAGAAAGGCUGGUCUGGGCUUCAGUCUAUUCCCAGAAGUGUUGUUCUAAGUAAAUCAGGGAGCCAAUUAGUAGAAUGGCCAGUAGAAGAGAUAGAAAAACUAAGAGGUUACAAAGUUAGUCUCCAAAACAUCGAGCUUCAGGGUGACUUAGUCAUUGAAAUUUCUGGUAUCACAGCUUCACAGGCAGAUGUGGAAGUUUCAUUUGAGGUAACUGAGUUGGAAGAGGCCGAGUCAAUGAACUCGAGUCGAGUUGAUCCCCAAAUGCUUUGUGGUGAGACAAAUGCAAAUGUAAGAGGCAAAGUUGGAGCCUUUGGUUUGAAGGUUUUGGCUUCUGAUGACUUAACAGAACAAACUUCAAUCUUCUUUCGAAUAUUCAAAACCAAUAAUAGUGAGGAGAAGAAGAAGUAUGUUGUUCUGAUGUGUAGUGACCAAAGCAGGUCUUCAUUGAGAGAUGGGCUUGACAAAACCACAUAUGGGACUUUUCUAGACUUGGAUCCUCUCCAAGAGAAAAUAACAUUGAGAACUUUGAUUGAUCAUUCAAUAGUUGAGAGUUUUGGUGGAGAAGGGAGGAGUUGUAUCACAGCUAGGGUUUAUCCAGUAUUGGCAAUUAACGAAGGAGCUCAUUUAUAUGCAUUCAACAAUGGAACAACUAGUGUUAAGAUCUCAAAUCUUAACGCUUGGAGUAUGAAGAACGCUCGAAUUGUGUCCAUGUAGAAGAGAAGAAAUCCAAAAAUAAUCGGUUUACGUUAAUAUAUUGAUACAACACGGCCUCAUGGUGUAUCGAUACUACACACGUUCCCAAAAUUGACACUUGGAGUAUUUUUAUUCCAAUUAUUUUAAUGACGGUAUUUAAUGUAAUAAUAGUGACUUUCUUAUAAAUUUUCAAAAAGUUCAGAAUAAUUUACAGAACUAAAAACAGAGUUUAAGAUAAUUAUUUUUACACGCUUAUAAAAAAACAAGCACAUAUGCAA